GUACCAACCGUCACCACAGUUCCCUGGAAAGGUUCUGAACCACAAGGAUUGCUUCAUUUAGAGUGCACUUCUCUUGGAUUUAAAAUUAACUUCAAUGUUCCUGGAGGAUACAAGGGUCUAGCUCAGGUGAAAGGACAAGAAGAUAAAGAGGAGUGCCGAAAACAAAUUCAAACUGGAGAAAGCUCUUCGAACUCUUCCACCGAAUUUUUUGUUGCCAGCAAGACUUGCGGCGUCACCCGAGUAAAAUCUUUUGAACCAGCUGGACAGAAUUAUUCUCUCAUUCUUCAUCUUGUCCAUCAUGGAGCUCUCAUCACUGGAGGAGACCGAGCUUACUUGCUGCAGUGUUUUAUAGGGAAACCUCCAAUGGAUGCAGAAUUUUCGGCUGAUUUGACAGUGAUGAAAGGAGAACUAAUGAUUGCCGAAACUAUAUCGCUAACAUCCGUCCCUCCAACAUGUGCGUAUUCGAUCCGAAGAGAUUCACCGGAUGGUCCCGUUGUUAAAACGGCGUUUGUUGGUGAUACUGUCUUUCACCGUUGGGAUUGUGAUGGAGGUGAAGAAGCCAACAAUGUUUAUGGAAUACAGAUUCACAGCUGCUAUGCAAGCGACGAUAUCGAUAUGAAAUUCCCGAUUAUCGACGAUAAAGGAUGUUCGUCAGACUUGGCGCUGCUCUCAGAUCCGCAAUACUCAAAUGACCAAUUAACAGCAUUCGCAGAGAGCAAAGCCUUUGCAUUUCAAAAGGCGGACUCCUUGAAAUUUGUAUGCAAACUUAGCCUAUGUACCAGAGAUGGAGACGGUUGCGAGGGUGUUACGCCUCCCGCUUGCAGUGGAAAUUCUCCAGAUCUCCUAGUUACGCGUCGAAUACGGCAUCAGAAUACUGCCCUAGAGGGUGCUCUUAGCUCCGCACUCUCUGCUAGGGUAAACGUAUCCUCCGAUCAACCGCCUAUAGAUCGAUUGGCGGAUGUGCUUUCAUCAAAGGGUACUUUAAUGUUGCUAGCUGUCCUAGUAAUUGCUGCCGCUCUGGGUACUGUGUUAUUGGCACGAUACGUUCGACAUCCUAUUGACGGUGUAACAACAUGCUCCGAUCCAGAAACGGUUAUGUCAUUACCCACGUCUCCUACACCACCAGCAGAAGCUCGCUCACCCCUCCCACCACCUCAUGCUUCUCCUGUGGCAGCACAGGAUAUAGAAGCUAACCACCGAUUGGCCGAAUUCAUGAAAAAUUUCGACCGAUCGAGAUAUGUCUAGCA